CCAUAUAAUUAUCCAUAAAAUAGAUGCAUUCAAACUUUAUAAUUAUUUAAAGAAAAAUAAAUAAUUGCAAACCUAACCUUCUUUUACCUCCACUCAAAAAAAAAAACCUUCUUUUACCUCGCGACCAGAACACCCUCUUCAGUUUCACACUCCCUCUCCAACUCAAGAAGAGAGGAAUUUGAAGAGGGAGAUCUGAUGUACUUGCUUUCGGAUCUUAAUUUCAUCCAGAAUCAUGAUGAUUGCUUUAGAGCAUAAAGAUACUACACAGAGGAAUUAUGAGGCAUCCGUUAAAUGCCUCCAGUUUAAGGGUCACCCCUGCUCCUUGCAAUAUAAUAAUGCUUACAUUGAGGGAUUUCCUGGUCUCCAAGACAGGCUAUGUGGUCCACCAAUUGGUAAUGUAGUAGAUCCAGAUUGCUUGUCAAGCAAUGAGCUACAAGAAUCUUCAAAAGAAUGUACGCAGCAGCCCAUCAUCUAUCAUCAAGGCAUCAGGUCACGCACCACCAAUCGUGACUUGACUGGUGUUUCAGUUCACCAACCUAAUGCCUUUCAGAGCCAACUCAAUCCAUUUGCAGUAAAUUAUAGAUACCAGCAUGCACCAGUGAACAUGUUUGCUCAGAAUUAUUCAUAUGACCACCUAUUCCAAGAUUUUCAAUAUUUUGUUGUGAUCGAUUUUGAGGCCACAUGCGACAGAGAAAAAAAUCCUCAUCCACAAGAGAUUAUUGAGUUUCCAUCUGUAAUAGUUAGCAGCAUUACUGGGAAAUUAGAAGCUUGCUUUCAAACUUAUGUGCGGCCUUCAUGCAACCAAGUCUUGAGUGAUUUCUGCAAAGAUCUAACUGGCAUUCAGCAAAUUCAGGUGGACAGGGGAGUUCCACUAACUGAAGCUCUACUUAGGCAUGACAAAUGGCUUGAAAUGAAAGGAAUAAAAAACACGAACUUUGCUGUUGUAACAUGGUCUAACUGGGAUUGCCGGGUGAUGUUGGAGUCUGAGUGCCGUUACAAAAAAAUUAGAAAGCCCCCAUAUUUCAACCGAUGGAUCAACUUGAGGGUUCCCUUUCAUGAGGUCUUUGGUGGUGAUAGAUGCAACUUGAAACAGGCAGUGGAGAAGGCUGGUCUCACCUGGCAAGGUCGUGCUCAUUGCGGUCUGGAUGAUGCCACAAACACUGCUCAUCUGCUCUCCUUGAUUAUGCAUAAGGGCUUUAGGUUCUCAAUUACCAACUCACUUCCUUUUGACACUGGCGAUGGUUCAUUCACAUGGAAGCCAACUCAGGAUAAGCCUCUUUAUGUUAUGCCCCAGCCACAGAAACAUCAGCAACUGCGACCUCUUCUGCAGUACAAUCACUGCUGUUAUUGUGGGGUGACGAGCACUAGAGGAGUGAUCCGGAAACCAGGUCCGAAGCAAGGGAGCCUAUUCUUUGGAUGUGGAAACUGGACUGCUGCUAGAGGUGCGCGUUGCCAUUACUUUGAAUGGGCUUCUCCAUAACAUGCCAGGAGCAAAUACUCCUUUAUCCUCCUGACAGUAGCUCGUUACCUGUUACCGUUUGUAAAAAGAAGUAUUGAAGUUUGGGUUUCCUGUAGAGGCAGCAAGCAAACAUUCGCGUUGCUGGAGUAGGGUCUCGGCUUCUCUAUUGGGUUUGUGUAGAUAAACUGUGUCGGCUUGUUUCUGCCGUUGGGUGCUCCAACAGGUAUAGAUAACGAUCUGAACAAUAUAUUAUGAUGCUGGAUUGAGUAACUAAAAUAGGCAAUGGCGUGCGUAGACACAUCUAAUUGUCUUGAAAUUGUGUGAAUCUUGGGCACCCAAGUGUUCCCCCUGUAUAUUUAUGAUGAGGAAGAUUUGAGUUUGUUUGAAUCUAAA